AUGAACCCCAAUGUCCAGCCUGACCAAGGAGCAUCUGACGACGUAAUAGAUGUAGAAGAAGAUAGUAGUACUGGCCCUCAAGAUAGCAGUGGCAAUAGUAAUACCAUAUGGACCGACACUGAGACGCAAGCACUCAUCCAAUUCAUCACCAAAAAUCGUGCAGAGGGGGGUGACAGCUUGAACUUCAAGCCUCAAUUCUGGCCCAAAGUCGCACUGCAUCUAGCACGUCUUCUUACCAGAGGACCAGCAAAGAGUGCCACUGCUUGCAACUCAAAAUGGGGACGGCUUUGUACAAAGUACAACCUUGUGAAGCCUAUCCUCUCUGGCAUCCCUUGGGAUGAUGCACUGGGACUCAACAUACUCGACAAGGGUGAAGUGGUCUGGAAGGAGCUUAUUGCGCUAAUCAGUAGACAGAAACAUCCGGUAGCAAAGGGCUUUCGGAAGAGAGGAUGGGUCCACUUUACCGCCAUGCAUGCUGCACUGGGCAGUGCCCCAGCCAAAGGUUCGAACAUAUUUUGUGUUCCAAAAGUCCCCAAGCAACCUAAGGUUACAAAAGCAUCCAAGCAGCAGCCUCGCACGUCUCAGAGCACUCUUCCUGCCACAGUGCCCCCAACUCCACCUCCUAACACCGCCACCCCCAACAAGAUUCUGUCUCCAGCUCCUGUUGCGGCUGCUCCUGACAAGAUUCAUCUUAGCAUGUCUGGGGUCACUAGUCCCACCACCAUUAACUCUGAUGUACCCAAUAAUGUGAACCACUGGCUCGGUGGUCUCCUAUCUCCAACCUCUGUUUGUGCCCCUCCCGGCUUAUCUGUCACAUCCCUCGCAAGCAAGCGCUCUGCCCGGGAUGCUGCGCUCUCAGAUGGUGAUGGUGAUGAUGGCGCUACCAUCAUAUCUUGCAGCAAGAGUGCAGAAAUCAUCCCCAUAAUGAAAGACUUCAACUCCAAGCUUGAUAUAGGCAUUCCCCCGACUGCCUUCCUGCCUAACGCCCCCGCCCAAACACCUAUCAUUGAGAAGAGCCCCACCUUGUCCACCAUCGCCCCUUCCACCAUUGUCCAUUCCACUACCUCCCAACCUUCCACCUCUACAUUUAACAUUCCUCAAGGCCACAUGUCUGCACAACCAGACAAUGUCCAUCAUGGAUCUGCCAUUACCUUUAUGUUGCAGAAUGAUACCUACCUGGGAGUGGAUAGCUCCAUCCGGUUAACCCGCCUUUUCGAGCAAGAUAUGGUAGCCGUCGACACAUACCUGAGUCUCCUGGAGUCCAACAAGUUUUGCAGGGCGUACGUGAGGGCUAAGCUGGAGUAG